CCAAGCCUUGUCCUGCUCCCAAGCCUUGUCCUGCUCAGUGCCUGUGGCAGCACCAUGGCUCUCCGCCCCUUCCUGCUGCUGCUGCCACUGCUGGCUGCCUCCCUCCUCAUCACCCAGGCUCAAGGCAUUGGAAGCUCAGCCUUGGACUGCUGCCUGAAGCACAGCUCUUUAAAGAAGGAUAUCCCCAGUGGCGUGAUGACAUCCUACCACCUCCAGGGACCUGAGACUGGGUGCUACCUUCGUGCUGUUGUGCUUAUCACCAAGAGGAACAAGAAAAUCUGUGUCUCUCCCAAUGAUGACACUAUCCAGAAGUUGAUGCAGCAGCUGGACAAGAAGGCCAAGAAUGAGAAGGACAAGAAGCCCAAGAAUAAUAAGAGGCAGACCCAGCGUUCCAGGGGCAGACCCAAGAAGCAGAAGCGGCAGUGGGUCUAA